GGGCGUAGCGGCGACGAAAUGAAGCAUGCAGCAUGCGUGGUAGCGGUGUCACGGCUGCGCGGUCCUGCCUUCAACCCCUGGUGUCCGCCAGCCGCUACCUCGCCGUGCAAGCCCUUCCCGGUGAUCCUCUUUACUUCGUCGUUGAGGCGAAGUCGAGAGUGAAGGAGGUGUAUGCACAGACAUGCAUGCUUCUCGGCCAGCAGGGCAUGCGAGACUGCGAACUGUUCGGCCUGGCAAUACUGUCCGACGGCGAGUACCUCUUCGUCGAUCCCGAGAAUAAAUUAAGCAAAUACGCACCUAAAAACUGGCGAAGCUCUCAUACAUACGGCCUAGACAGCAGCGGAAGACCAGCUUUCGUCCUCUACUUUCGCGUUCGCUACUACGUCGACACGCCGUUGCUCCUAAGCGAUGAAACGACGCGUCACCACUAUUACCUGCAACUGCGCGACAAUGUCGUCAGGCAUGGCGGUGGGGUGGAGAGCCUCCAUCCUCACCAUCCCCUACAUGAACCAUCUAUCGUUACGCCCCUGCUCACACUCGCGGGUCUUGCCCUACAAGCCGAUCUUGGGGACUACUCCGAGGAGCGGCACAGGCCACACGCAGGACCUGUGGGAUACUGCAAGCCCACGGAUUACCUACCGCCUCACAUGUGCCUCGAGUCAAAUGUGCUCGCCGUGCUCGCGGCACAGCACAGGGACAACCGGGGUCUCUCAAGGGAGGAGGCAGAAUUGCAAUACAUCCGGGAGGCGGUGCUGCUGGAGGCGCCGCUCAACGCUCACCUUUAUCGGUUGCGAAGAAGCAAGAACGAGGCAGGUCCGGGACGCAUACUCCUCGCGAUAUGUGCUCGCGGGGUGCGAAUCUACGCCGAGGAGGAGACACCACGUGUCUUUGCCUGGAACAACAUCGGCAAACUUUGCUUCGACCGUAAGAAGUUUGAGAUACGCGCAGUCGAUCAGCCGGACAAACUCACCCUCUACAGUGGAUGUGAUGACAAAAGCAAACUGCUUCUGGGACUCUGUAGAGAUACCCAUCAGUUCUCCAUGGCCAUAGCACCUAGAGUAAAUGAAGCGAAGAGACGAGAAGAGGAAGAGAGGAAAGUACUUCGCGACUGCUACAUGUAUCCUGCUCGAUGCAAGUUGAGUUUAACGGCACGCGGGGCGCGCGGUGACCAACGAAUUUCUGUUAUCUCGAGCACCUCGUCCAACACGACUUCUGGAAUUGUCAGCGACCGGGUUCACAGCGAGGACGAGCCAGACACGGCGCCUGCUUCGACUGAAUGUCUGCCACGUCUUACUGAAAAUACUUCGCACUCUGGUGUUCAAUGCGGUGUUGUGAACGGCUCGAAUGCAGACGUUGAGGACCGUUCCAUACCGUCGUCCCCAGUUUCUACUGUGGAUGAAGUUGAUGGUACGGAUAGUACUCCUACGACGGCUGCAUUGCGAUUGGCAUCAAGCGCAGCCACAGCGGCCGAAGGGUCACAAUGUAGCAGCAGCUGCAGCACGGUCGUAGUUGUAAAUGCACCUGCUGGUGGACCGCCGCGAAUGCGACGCACAUCCGCGACUUCCAGUCUGGAACUCGGUUUCUCGCAUACGGCACAGAAUUCAGCGGUUUCGUCAGAAACCGCUAGUUUUCCUGGCGCAAUUUAUGAUAGGUGCAAAAAAGGUGGAAAAUAUGCGGGUACCGACAUUGCAAGUGAAACCAGUGGAGUAUAUACACUAAGGAGCAGUGAAAUGCAAGAUGAAAGAAUGGGAGAUUUAUACUCACCUACCGGUGAUGCCAAUGGAUCUUCUGCAGCGAGCGAUGUGUGUGCCUUAAGUUCCGUUCAGUCUACAACCGACGAGGCUUCCGUAACGUCCGGUUUUUAUACCAUUCACAGUGGUCUUAGGUCCGAAACAAGCGACGUCUACACAGAAGAUGUUGGUACAGAAGAUCAGGAACCCAUUUACAGUGUCUGUAAAGGUGAUGAAGAUGUUAGUAAUGUUGUGUCUACCAUGUCGGGUGUUUCUCUGGAUCAGCAGCUCGAAGAUUCUAGAUCACGGAGCAAUAGUAUACUCAGCGCAGGGAGCUUCAGAGGUGACGGCAGUGAUCCUUCCAGUGUUGGACCUUUAUUAUCAGCCGAUGAACUUUCUGACUUAAUAGUUGGACGUUAUCCUCCUCGAAAAACUAUCAGUAAUUCGAUGGAUUCUGAUUGCGAUUACGUUACUAUGCCUCCACCACCUCCGCCACCACGGACCGAUAGCGAUAGGCAACUUCCUCCACCUCCUCCUUAUCCAGUAAGCAUGGACUAUGCGACAAUAAACUCACCACGACCAAAAAUACCGGAUAUCGAAAGGGAACCUCCACCUCCCCCACCGUACAAUGCCACUCGUGGCGAAUUUGUACCUUUGCCACCACGAAGAACCGAUCCGCCACCGCCACCGCCUUACACUUCACCCAGAGAAAGGAUUCAAAUACCACCGCCUACACCUCCAAGAAAUGACGCGGUAACACCAAGAGAACCACCACCUCCACCACCUUAUCCUGAGGUUCCGGAGGUCACUCGACAAGAAGCAAUUUCUAAAUUAUAUCCAGCUACGACUGAAGAAAUAGUAUCGAGGGUGACGUCGACAAAAAUACAAACUGGUCUAGUGAAUAGUAAGAUGAACGCUACUUUGACGGCUUCGAAGACUAUCAGUACUAAUCAAGCUACCAACGACAUUGCUUCGAUCGCCCCAAAACCACCACCCAGAAUUCAACCACCUACUUAUCCCGGUGACAAAAUGAAACCCACGCCGGUCCACGCGCCCGUCGCAGCUCUUGUCGUUGGACCGAACAAUUACUUGGACGUGCACGCUUCACGAGGUGGUCCGGUUUUGUUACCAUACUUACCACCACCACCGCCCAGCUUGGCUACUGUUUAUACAAGUCAAGUUGCGAGAUCGCAGAUUGAACAGUAUAAACAACAACUGUAUUCAGACGUCGAUUAUGUGAUGUUUCCUCUAAAGGAUCCCGCAGUGUCGAAGCAAGAGUACAUUGACGCAAAACAGGGAUCGCUUUUAGCGGCCAUGGCUGCUUAUCCUCCUCCACCUUAUCCUUCGUUUAACAAUAAAUCAUUAGUAAUGUAUCGUAGUACACCAUACCUUCCUGGUUCCUCAUUCUCGUCACCUACGAAAUACGCUUCGAAUCAAAACCUUAGUAGCAGCGACACGAGUUCUAACAACUACUUACCGCAUAGUAAUUUGAGCAGCCACUACGCUGCUAGUACAAGUUCGCUAUAUAGUGGAGCUACUUGUUCAUCGGCAGGAAGUCAGAGUCUUAGACGCGAACCACCAGCCCCAGCUCAUCCCCACACACUCCACGCGUUUUCUAGAACGAGGAGCGACGAGAAUAUAUUGAAGUGUUUCGACUCGCCUUCCGCCACGAAAUUACAAUCUUUACCACAGUUGAAACAUCGGAGACUUCCGCCGCCUCCACCACCACCACCCUAUGAAAUACAGAACCUCGAGAAGAAUCAACCGCUUCCAUCCGCCUCUUCGUCAUCUUCUUCACCGAAGAAGGCGUCGAAAGCAAAUACGGUGGAGGAACGCGAAGAAGGAAAAGAAGACGGAAUGUUGGAUAUUAGAACGCUACGCGAGAAGAGUCGUAACUUAGACUUGCCACUGAUAUCAGCAUUGUGCAACGAUCGAUAUUUAUUGAAACAGACAAAAGCGUUUGUUAUGCCGAAACACCCUGCUGAGGCCACUUCUUCGACGUCCACAAAAAACGGCUCGAGAAAUAGUAAUGGCGGAACAUCCAGUAGAAAUAAGUAUCCAGUUAGCGGCCUUUCUACAACGCAGAUCACUAAACCUCCAAGAAAAUCAUCGACGAGUACUCACAAACACCCCGCCGAGGUGAAGGGCAACGCUUACAAGGUGACGAAUUCGACAGGCGUGUCGGUUGUAAAAAAAGAUCCGACAAGGGCGUCGCAUUCGUAACAUAAAACGAAGAAAAAGCAACGGAGUUUGCCACUCUAGUGACGCUAUGAAAAUUCUAUACCUCGAUCAAAGUACAUUCCUCAAAGCUGUUGAAACGAUUCCAUAACUGCUCUGUUUUCUGUACUUGGAUAACAAGCAGUAGACAAGAAAAGGUCGACUUAACACCUUAAGUACUUAAAUAGCGUUUCUACACAAACCGUGCUUCUUCAACUCAGGGUGCCAUUUUAUCAUUUACGAUUCUCCUGCUCGUCGCUAAUACUCAAGGAAGAAAAAGAAGUCCGAUGAUAGAUUAGACCUUUACGAAGUUUAAAUGAAUGCCGAAGGUGUCUGUUAUGUAAUAUCUCUUUUCUUAUCUAAUUUCGUUCUUACGAUCUCUUUGAUAUUCCUGAAAAUUGUACU